CAGCCGCCACGUGAGUUCGCCAGGAGCCGCCGCAACACACACAGUGGGCAGCAUGUCGGCGACUGGGGCGGCUCGCAAAAGGGGAAAGCCGGCCUCGGGGGCCGGGGCUGGUGCGGGGGCCGGCAAGUUGCGGCGAAAGGGCGACUCUUCUGGGGACAAGGGCAAGUCCAAGGGUGGCGGCAAAAUGAAUGAGGAGAUCUCCAGCGACUCGGAGACUGAGAGCCUAGUUCCCAGGAGGAAUGAGGAGGAGGAGGCGGAGGAGCUGGAGGAGACCGCACAGGAGAAGAAGCUGCGCUUGGCCAAGCUCUACCUUGAGCAGCUCAAGCAGCAAGAGGAGGAGAAGGCUGAGGCCCGCGAAUUUGAGGAGGACCAGGUGGCAGGGAGGCUGAAGGAGGACGUGCUCGAGCAGAGAGGCAGGCUGCAGAAGUCGGUGGCAAAGGAGAUCCAGGCCCCAGACCCUGCUGACAUUCGAAUCUUACGGGGCCACCAGCUGUCCAUCACAUGUUUGGUUAUCACCCCUGACGACCUGGCCAUCUUUUCUGCUGCCAAAGACUGCACCAUUAUUAAGUGGAGUGUGGAAAGUGGACGGAAGCUUCAUGUGAUCCCUCGAGCCAAGAAGGGUGCUGAGGGGCAGCCCUCCGGCCAUAGUAGCCACGUCCUCUGCAUGGCCAUCUCCUCCGAUGGCAAGUACCUGGCCUCGGGUGACCGCAGCAAGCUCAUUCUCAUUUGGGAGGCCCAGAGCUGCCAGCACCUGUACACCUUCACGGGACACCGGGAUGCCGUGUCGGGGCUGGCAUUCCGCAGAGGCACCCACCAGCUCUACAGCACGUCCCACGACCGCUCUGUGAAGGUGUGGAAUGUGGCGGAGAACUCCUACGUGGAGACGCUCUUCGGGCACCAGGAUGCUGUGGCUGCACUGGAUGCUCUGAGCAGGGAGUGCUGCGUGACUGCCGGGGGCCGGGACGGGACUGUGCGUGUGUGGAAGAUCCCCGAGGAGUCCCAGCUUGUCUUCUACGGCCACCAGGGCUCCAUUGACAGCAUCCAGCUCAUAAACGAGGAGCACAUGGUGUCGGGUGCAGACGAUGGUUCUGUAGCCUUGUGGGGCCUCUCUAAGAAGCGGCCACUUGCCCUGCAGCGUGAGGCCCAUGGGCUGCGGGGGGAGCUGGGCUUGGAGCAGCCCUUCUGGGUGUCAUCGGUGGCAGCCCUGCUCAACACAGACCUCGUGGCCACAGGCUCUCACAGCAACUCUGUGCGGCUCUGGCAAUGCGGGGAGGGCUUCCGGCAGCUUGACCUUCUCUGCGACAUCCCCCUGGUGGGCUUUAUCAAUAGCCUCAAGUUCUCCAGUGCUGGGGACUUCCUGGUGGCUGGGGUAGGGCAGGAGCACAGGCUUGGCCGGUGGUGGCGGAUCAAAGAGGCCCGGAACUCCGUCUGCAUCAUCCCUCUCCACAGGGCCCCCAGGCCCCCUACUGCUGGCUCCUGACUCUCUCAUCCCCUGUAUUUAAGUUCUUCCCAGGCCAUCCCCUGCCUUCUUUGUAUUAAAAACCUCCUCUUCUGGG